AUGAGCCGCGCCACAUCAGCCGGAGGAAAGCCUCCACUGUACAAGAUUGUCAUGUUGGGAGAUUCCGGAGUAGGCAAAACCUCUUUGGUAGCCCGACUGACCAAUCCCGAGCGUCCCUUGAACCACGACAUUAGUGCCACCAUGGGAAUCGAAUUCGACACCCAGAUGCUCGACACGGAGCACGGCAAGGUCAAGGCGCAAAUUUGGGACACGGCCGGUCAAGAACGAUUUGCCCGUGUGCUGCUGCCAACGUAUUUUCGCAAGGCCAAGGGCGUCAUUCUGGUCUACGACAUUACCAAUGCCAAAUCCUUUGAAUCGCUCAGCGAACGCUGGAUGGCCCAGUUGAACGACCACGCUUCUUCGGACGAUUUGGCCAAAUUGUUGGUGGGCAACAAGUCUGAUUUGGAAGCGAGUAGAGAAGUUACCAAAGAAAAGGCGGAGCAAUUUUGUCAGGAGUAUGGAAUGGACAUGUUGGAAACUAGUGCCAAGAGUGGACAAAAUGUAUUGCAGUCCUUUGAGAAAUUGAUUGGGAUUGUGCACAAUCGGGCGUUGGCAGCCAACAAGUCUAAAACUGGUAUUCAAGGUAUGCAACAAUCUGGAAAUGCUGGAAGUGGUGGUCCAUCGACGGUCAAACUGGAAGAUAAUAAAGGAGGAGAAGCUGGAGGUGCCGAUGCGUGUGGGUGCUAA